UUAGUGUUCGUAUUGCUUUUCCAUCACCGAUAUUAUACCGAUCGUUUGUGCGUAAACCGGGUUUUUUAUCGGUGACAAAUCAGUUUCGUUGUCAAUACGGCCAUGUAUAUGCACUUUUUCCGGACAGGUCGCCUUGCAAUUGUGUCGUAUUAGAUACGUCCGUCGUGCAUAUUAUUAUUAGUAUAUGAAUGUGCUUAAAGUUUAAACGUGACAUAAUAUUAUAUAAUAUGUAGUAUUAUUGUCAAUCAGUGACCGAUAUGAUAAUGUGCUUGUGACCCGUCUUGGUUAUCGGUACGGUAAUAUCGUCUUGGUACGGUUUUAUUUUUAGUGGUUGCGACCCCCCUUCAAUUCGUUUUUCAACUACUUAAGUAAAUCUGAAUAUUAUGUUUUUUUAUAUAAUUGCCGGUGAAGUAGAUUAUUCUUGUAUUUAUAUUUCUAAGAGAAAUUUAUUUUUCAAUUAUUAAUAAGACAUAUUGAACUAAUAUUUGACAAAACACAACGAAAAAUAUAUUAUUAACUCGUAUCGGUGUUAGCCGGAUAGAUGGAAUUGUAAACGACAAAAAAAUAACUAUCGAUGUGUAUAUAUUAAAUAUUAAAAAAUAUAAUAGACAUUAUGUAAAGGACGAUCGAAAAAACAUGAAUAAAUACCAACAACCAGCAAUGAAUAUGGAUAUAAAAAAAUAAUAUAUGUAUGUAAAUGGCUAAUAAACUAUCGAAUCUAGAGAUAAAUCUAAUAUUUAUCGAUAAAAUAACAAAAAACAGGAUAUCAUAUUAACCAUGUCAGUGAGCAAUAUAAUUCAAAUUAUUCUUGCAAUUAAAAUGGAAAACUGUCGGGCACAUUGAAUACUGCUCGAUGAAAUGAGGACGGAUAAAAAUGGAUAUCUAUUAUACAGAAGAAGACAAAACUACCAAAUUAAUGACAACACGGCCAAUCCAAGUCAGAUCGAUGAUGAAAAUAAUAACCCAGAUGAAGAUAUUCAAGGCGACCGCAAUCUUAUUACAUCAAAUGUUAAUAACCCAACAGGAAAUAACAGAUUAAUAAAAAAUGAUCUUAUAAAAAACGUUUUUAAUAGGAUGAAUUCGAAUGGAAAAAAACCUUCUCAAAUAGAAUCAAGUAGAGCAGAUGCUGUUGAAGAUCAACAACUAGAAGAAGAAAUAGAAAACGAUCCAACUAAAAUGUCACUCGGUUUAGAUUCUGAACUAGAAAUCGCUGAAGACACUGACCUAGAAGAAGCAGACGAUAAAAAUAUUGAAAAACCAAAACCAAAACCAAAAAAAAAAAAAAAGAAGAAGAAGAAGUCGAAUUCGAAGAAGAAAAGUAAGAAACAAAAACAAAAAAAAACUGAAGAUGAUGAAACUAAAUUAAUUGAAAUUGAUAAUAAUGGAAAUCAAUUUAAUUAUUUUGACCAUGAAGAAAAAGAUAUACGUGAAUCAGAUAAUAUUAAAGAUCAGCAACAAGAACUUGAUAAAGAAAACGAUCCAACUAAAAUUCUACUCGGCUUAAGCACUGAAAGAGAAGCUGAACUAGAUAAGGAAAAAACAGAAAAAAAUUUACAAAAAGAAGAAACUAAUUUAAAAUCAGCUGAAUCCAAAGUCACUGGAAGUGAUAAUAUAGAGUCAACGAUAGAACAAACAUCCAAAUCAUCCGAUCCUGAGAAUAUUAAAGAUCAGCAACAAGAACUUGAUAAAGAAAACGAUCCAACUAAAAUUCUACUCGGCUUAAGUACUGAAAGAGAAGCUGAACUAGAUAAGGAAAAAACAGAAAAAAAUUUACAAAAAGAAGAAACUAAUUUAAAAUCAGCUGAAUCCAAAGUCACUGGAAGUGAUAAUAUAGAGUCAACGAUAGAACAAACAUCCAAAUCAUCCGAUCCUGAGAAAAAUCCCAUCGAAAAUAUUAAAGAAGAUACAACAAAAAAUACAAUUACGGAAGUUGAUCAAAAAGACUUAACAGUAUCUUCACUGGAGAAUGUUGAAAUCGUAAAAAUUAAAAAAAAGGAUAAUGCAACCAGCGAAGCAAUAAGAAAAGAAAAGAAAAAAACGACAUUUAGAGAAUUCACACAUUCAGAAGGAAAUGCACGCAUAUAUUGUACAUUUUUGGGAGACUUGUUAAAAAUGUACAACAAAGUAAAAAAACGUUUUGUUGGACACUUUUGUCAUGCAAUUGUUGUUGGCACUCCAAUUAUCUUAAAACAAAAUCAAGUACACUUAAGCAGUAACAUGAAAAGUCACCUGAAUAAAAUAGAACCACAUAAACAAGAAAGUCUUCUUAUCGUCAUCAUGAAAUAUUCAAGCUAUAAAGAUUGGAAACAUGCGUUAAAAAAAUCUAACAUCAAACACUUAAUUACAAAUAUAAUGCAUACGGUCAAAACUUAUAAAAUCGAUGGAAUACAAUUUUCAAAUUUACAACCAAUAGCGGGGAAAGAUCCAGACAAUUCAGUGGAUACACACACGAUGAAUAAUCUAUUAAAAUUCUUUGAAAAACUACUAAAUACUGCAAAACAUAAUCAUAAUUAUGAUUUAAAAAUUGGCAUAACCAUUCAUUUGAACAGUCAGUGGAUCACAUCAAGUUUUACUUCAUUCGCUGAAUUAAAUAAACUAGUCACUUGGUAUACAUACGAAACAAUUUCCAUGGUAACAUGUUCACCAGAAUACAAAGAUACAGGCACUUCUCCAUUAGAAGGAGACGUGAGCUUGAUGAAUGCAUAUAAUACAUUAACGGAUACCAAUAUUGAAAUGUCAAAAGUAGUAGUUGGCAUACAAUUAUUUCCAAAUAAAGUUAAUAAAUUAGAACCAUUUACAUAUGAAGAGUUAUGUUCAACACCAAAGAACACUUGGAACGAAUGGUGUGCUGCAUACCCUGAAAAACUUCGGUUAAAGGGUAUAUUUUUACGGAACAAUGAAAUCGGAGGCGUCCAACUAUUUUACAUGCACUCAGACGAUUACAGGUCAACAUGCGGCUGUUAUUCUUUCCCGUUGACUCGAGCACUUCUUCGUGGCUUGAUUAACACUCAGACGGAAGAACAGUGUAAUUUUAUUACGGCACACAACUAAAUAGAAAAUACCCGCAAUAAAAUCAAGAACCAUUAUAAUAAUAUUAGUAUCGUUUUCCUCAUUAGUGCAUUAUUAGUAAUUAUUUUUUAGGCACUUGGAGUAUGAACAUUUUAAUAUUUUAUAUAUCAUUACUAAAUGAAUGUAUUCUAUAACAAACGCGGGUUCGUAUACGACACAUUCGUUCAUUUUAAUUAGCUAAACAUAUUGUUGUAUAAUUAUUUUUUUAACACGCAUAAAAUACUGAAUAUAUUUUAUUAAUUUAGUUUUUUUUUUAUUAUUCUUGCAUUUUAUUUUAUCUUAUAACACAGAACAAGAUACUUAACUCCUAUAAGUUGUAUGAGUAUAGACUGUAAGUAUUUACUAUAUUUAUUCGUACCCAUAGUAACUAUGUUAAUAUCACGACCUCGAGAGUUUAUAAUCAUCAUAUUCACUCCUUUAUUUUAAUAAACCAAAAUUUAAAUAGUAUAAAGUACAGUGGACGCCGCUUAUAAGACUUACUUUGGGACCAACACAAAGUGAGUCUUAUAACCGAAUGAAUCUAAC